AUGGCGACAACCUGCCUCCAGCCCGCCGUUGAAGCCUGCCAGACAUACCCUCGACACGGCACACUUGGACAUGCACACCAAUGCGUCGCCCCCGCCCUCCAUCUCCGCCUCGUACCCGUCGCCGCACCCUCGCCUCCCGCCUCGAAACGACGCAAGGUCCUCCCUCCCUGCUCCGUUCGCCUGUUUGACCGGCUACCCAUCGAGAUUGUCGAGCUCGUCAUCAGCUUCCUCGACCUGGAGGACCUGGGACGGCUGAGGCGCGCGAACCGCCAAUUCCGCGACUUGCUCGCCAAGCCCCACCUGUACCACACCGUCUCGCUCACGCAUAUCCCGCACGUUCACCCGCAACUACUCGCCUUUCUACCCUCGAUCCUCUCCGGCACGCGACACCUCUGUCUCCGCUCCUUUCCCUCGACGACUCUCUCACACCUCCUUUCGAGCUGCUCAGACCGCCUGACGACUCUCGACUUGUCGUUCUCGGGCGUGACGGAUAGCGACUUGCUCCUCCUCGCCGAGACGACCUCAUCCGCACCCGAAUCUGCACUCUCAAAUCUCCGCUCUUUGCGCCUGAAAGGGUGCCGACGUAUCUCCUCGUUCUUCCCCCUCCUCUGCCCUUCCUCAGAUACGUCCCAGCGAUCGCCCCUCCAAUGUCUCGAAAACCUCGACCUCUCCUGGUCCUCGACUUCGUCCCUCCCACUCCCGCUCUCAACCCACCUGCCCUCGCUCAAACACCUCAACCUGUCGACGACUCCCUACCUCCCACUCGGCCCACUCACCGAAGCGAUCGGAGACCUCCCGCACGGGCUCGAGUCGCUCGACCUGAGCCAUCUCUGGCUGAGCGCGGCAGACCUAACAGGGCUGUCGUUCGCCCCUCCUCCUCCCUCAUUCUCCCUCGACACCACCUCCAUCUCACCUCGAACCCUCGCGCUCAGUCUCUCAGGCAACGACUCGCUCACUCUCUCCUCCCUCUCGAUUCUCAAAGCGCACUGGUCGCGCCUCCCUCGGCGAAUCGAAGUCGAGCAUAGCCCGAUGUUGCUGGAGAGUGACGAGGAGGAGGACGUGAGGAGGUUCGUGGAGAUGGUUGCGGGAGUUGUGAUGCGUGGGAGGGAGGUCGAGGGGAGGAUUAGUAGCGGAGGGAGUGGGGAGGAGAGGAGGAGGAGGUCGUUGUGA